UGAGAUCUAAUGCUCACAAAUUUACACCUCCUAAUUACCAAUUUUGCUCUCAAAUUCUAUCGCUCUCUGUCUUUAGUUUAUAGAGAUGAUCAUGUUUAGAAAGACAACGUGGAGAUUAAAGAUGUUAGUUUCAAUUAUGAUUUGGGUAAUCACAGUAUUAUCACCAUUGGUGGAUGCAAUGCGAUUUGAGUUGAUCUCUGGAACGUCAAAAUGUAUAGCAGAGGACAUUAAGCACGAUGCCAUGACUGUUGGCAAAUACUCUCUUGUCAAUCCUAACGACGGUUACCCUUUGCCCGACAACCACAAAGUCACUGUUCGGGUCACUUCUCCAUAUGGGAACAAUUAUCACUUCAUGGAUCAUGUAGAAUCUGGCACAUUUGCCUUUACAGCAUCUGAAGGAGGUGACUAUAUGGCUUGUUUUUGGGCAGCAGAUCAUAAGCCACCACUAAACUUGUCAAUAGACUUUGAAUGGAAAUCUGGGGUUGCUGCUAAAGAUUGGUCUAAAAUUGCCAAGAAAGGUCAGAUUGAAGUGAUGGAAAUUGAGCUGCAGAAACUGUUCGAUAUAAUCACUUCCAUUCAUGAUGAGAUGUUUUAUCUUCGCGAACGGGAGGAAGAAAUGCAAGAAUUGAACAGAGCAACUAAUUCCAAGAUGGCCAUUUUUACUGUACUAUCUUUACUUAUUUGCUUGUCCGUGGCUGGUCUCCAAGUUUGGCAUUUGAAGUCAUUUUUUGAAAAGAAGAAGCUUAUCUAAUUGUAAUCUUUACAUUUUUCAUAUUUUGUCUAUUCACCUUUAAGCACC